GUAAUUGGGGUCCUCAUCUUGUUGUUGUACAGAGCCGUAACAUACUAAAGUGGGAGAUUGAACUGAAACACUGGUGUCCUGAGUUGAAACUUCUGUGUAUUGGCAGCCAAAGAGAACUUAUAGAAAACAAACAGCCAGCAUCGUUUGCUCCUGAUAGACACUCCUUUGCCCAAUGCCUUGAGGGAGUUGUGGACCAUGCUGCAUUUUCUAAUUCCAGGAAUUUCCAUCCCUUACCUGGAUUUCCUGGUGAAAGCAGCCAAUGAGGGGACCCAAGAUUAUUGCCAUAAAGUGGCUACAAGAUUGCACAAAAUAAUUCAACCAUUUAUUUUGCGAAGAUCCAAAAGACAUGUUGAAAAACAAUUACCAAAGAAAUAUGAAUAUGUGCUGAAAUGUCAUCUUUCUAAUCGGCAGAAGGCUAUGUAUGAAGAUGUGCUAUUACAACCAAGAAUCCAAGAAACUCUUAAAAAUGGAAACUUUGUCAGUGUCCUUCAUGUUCUGAUGCAGCUCCAAAGGAUCUGUAAUCAUCCUGAUCUGAUAAAACCCAGGCUUUCUGGCUCCUCCUAUGUAUCAGAGACACUGGAAUAUACAGCUGCUUCUCUAGUACUAAAGGUACUAGAACGGGACCUUUGGAAGGAUUCAGACACUUGUCUCUUUGAUCUGAUUGGGGUGGAAAACAAAAUGACUGACUAUGAGGCACAAGUGCUACCAAAACAAAAGGUGACUAGAAAGCUUAUUGAAGAGAUCUACAGCUCCCCUCAUCCUUCACCCAGACCCAACCCAGUGAAGCUCAAACCAAGCAGGUUAUUUCAACCAGUGGAAUAUGGACAGAAACCUGAAGGUAGGAUUGUAGAUUUCCCAACUCCUCCAUCAUGGCAUACAGGGAAUACAGUAACGGUUAUGGAAACACAUCAUGGGAAAAGACAAAGAAGAUUGCCUCUUGCCACAUUUUCAGCAAAUUGUAAUAAGAAAGGUGACAAGAUAGUAAAACUAAGCCAGCUGGCCUCCACAGCGGGAGCACAAGGCAAAACUAUUCAGCCAAACAUGCCUGUAACACUGCAGUUUAAAGGGAAAACAUUUACUUUAUCUUAUGGCCAACUCUGCCAGCUUACUGGAGGGCGUCUUCGGCAACUUCAAGGAAGUGUUCUUCACAUUGUUUCAGUGCCAGACUUGCGGGAUUUGCAAUCUCAGUGGCCAGUUGCCUUGUUACCCCUCUAUCGUGCUGGGGCUGGGACUGUUCAAGAUACUGGCUUCCCAAAGCAUUUAAAGCAUCAAGCAGAUGUGCCAACGUCUACAAUAGUAACGCAGCAAAUUACCAAUUUGGCAGUGGAUGAUCCAGAAACUGAAUCAAAAUCUGUAUCUACCCUAGAAUGUCCAACCCAGACAGCGUUUGAGGACAGGAACAGGCACCUAAAAGAGCGCCUGGACAGAAUAUUUUCUGGAAAUGAGCGACGUUGUUCCAGAGUCCCAUUGUAUGGCAGAGACUUGUUGGGAAUUUGUUCUUUGAUUGGUGAAAAAAAGAUUCCUCGGCAGAGUUCUACCAGGGACAACAAAUGGAUGUGGGCUGGUUUUGUGAACUGUUGCCUUUCGUCAAGUGCCUCACAAGGCCAAAAUGAUCCAUUGCAAGCCCUGAUCCUGACAUCCGAUCAGCGACAGGAAUCCCUAAAGGAUUAUAUUAAUAGCACUCUCUGUGUGCUGCCGGCAGCAGUUGCUGCUCCCGCAUAUUUGCGUGUCGGAAAUCCUCCCCCUUCAUAUAGGCAUGGAAUGAAAAUUUUCAAGCAGAAUCUUAAAGAGCAGGCAGCUCCCUAUUUACAUCACCUACAACAGAUUACAACUCCACGCUUACUACAGUUCCCUGACCGCCGACUGGUGCAGUUUGAUUCAGGCAAAUUGGAAGCUCUUGCUGUCUUGCUUCAGAAGUUGAAAUCUAAAGGACACCGUGCGCUGAUUCUAACGCAGAUGAUUCUAAUGUUAGAUAUAUUGGAGCUGUUCUUAAAUGUCCGUUUUCUCACCUACAUAAGAAUUGAUGAAAAUGUCAACUGUGAGCAAUAUCUGGAGCUGAUAAAAAGAUUCAACAGAGAUAAGCGAAUCUUCUGUGCCAUUCUUUCCUCCCACAGUCCUUCCAUGAGUGGCAGUCACAUAGAGGCAAACACUGUUGUGUUCUGUGACACUGAUUUAGAUCCACUGAUGCAUGCAAAAGCUCAGGAAUGGUGUGAUACAAUUGGGAGAAACAAAGACAUCCACAUAUACAGGCUUGUAAGUGGUAAUUCCAUAGAGGAGAUGCUGUUGAAAAAUGGCACUAAAUGUUUGAUUAAAGAAGUAGCCACUCAGGGAAAUAACUAUCCUAUGACAUUUUUAACACAGCAAACUGCCCAGGAGUUAUCUGAAGUCCAUUCUUCGUUAGAGGACCUUGAUUUCAGAGUCAAAGCUGGGGAGUUUGUGGUACUUUCUGAGAAACUUUCUCUGGCAGAAACAAUUUCGUCCAAAGUUGCACGACUUUUUGCAGAGGCUCUUAGCGUUGAACAGAGAAAAGAGGAUCUUGGAAAAUAUGCACAAGAGGCAAGAAUUGAGUCAAGAACUGAAGUAACUUCAGAGUUACGCUGUCCAAGAAGUAUUAAGGCUCCGUCACAGUUAAAGGAAUUGGAUGACAUUAUGGAUCUGCUGACGCCAAUUGAAAAGUAUGCUUUGAAUUACUUGGAAUUAUUUCAUGACUACAAUGAUCAGGGAAAGCAGAAAGUCAAUGAGGAGUCGAAAACUGCAAACAGAGAGUGGGAAGUCAAUCAUAUCAAGAAGCUGAAGGAAAAGGAAGAUAAAAUGCAGUGGGAAGAGGAGGAAGAGCUCCUAACCUACACUAGGCAAGAUGCAUAUAACAUGGAAUAUGUCUAUGAAGACCCAGAUGGGCAAAUAGAAAGAAUGCCAAUUUGGACUCCCCUUAUUCUGCCUCCAGAUCACAAUAACGUCUACAUUGAUUCUGUCACGUGUCUGAUGUAUGAUUCCACACCAAUUUCAGAGUCUAAGCUGCCCCCUUUGUAUGCCAGGAAGGAGAGUAAGCAAUUCAGAAUGGAUCCAUCUGGCAGGAGGAAUAAACAUCGUCAUGGAGAAGUGGCUGUUCCUCAGUCACUUUUUCACCGAGUGACUCCAAGAAUGUUGAAAAUGCGUCGAAAGGGUAACAAGCAGAAGACCAUCCUGCUGAAACAGCAAACAUAUUUUGCAAAACCUUCGCCUGCUGUUGUCAAACCAGCUGCUGAGGCUGGACGGGCAGCAGCUGGACAAGACAAUCCUGAGUGGCUGAUCAGUGAAGACUGGGCGCUGCUACAAGCAGUGAAGACUCAGUUACUGGAGCGUCCUUCAAAUCUUGCCAUUAUGUCACCAGUGCACACACCCAAUUGGGAUCUUGUUAGUGACCUUGUUAACUCCUGUAACCAAGUUUAUCGCUCACCAAAACACUGCCAAAAUCGAUAUGAAAAUGUUGUUAUUCCAAGAGAGGAAGGAAAGAACAUCAGUAGUCACCCUGUUUGUACCAGGCAAAUCUAUGCUGAAGAUCAGAAUGCUGCACACACCCAACUUUACAUGAGUCGCUUUGAUUUAAUGAAAAAGAUAGCAAGAAAAAGAAGUCCCUCAGUUAAACCGCUUAGAAAUAACGAUGACAAGCCAUCCUCCAGGAUUCAGGCUGCAUUCUGCUGUACAGUGUCUAUGUCAAAAGAGCAAAAGGCUUCGGGAGGUACAAGUACAGCUCAGGUGGUACUUGGGCAGCAACAAACAGCUGCAGUACCCACUGCUCCAAGAGAAUUAGUGACUGUAAUAUCUACUCAGGGUUCUCAAGCAGGAAUGUCUGUGGCAGCAUCAUCGAUACUAACCACCGGUCUGACAACAUGGCAGACCCAAACGCCCUUAAUGGCUCAGGUUAUGUCAGCCAAGCCAACAGGAGUUCAGCUUUCUAGUAAAACAGUUACACCUGUCCAUUUCCAACUUCCUGGGCAGCAGGAGACAGAAGCAGUUGAGGUGCAAGUCCCACGGAUUCAGUCCCAGCUUCAAGCACAAGGACAGAUCCAGGUCCAAAUACCUCAGGCAGCACAAGUUCCUCAGGAAAAUCUUCCAGUGGUGUCUGUUCCACCACCAAUUGUACCAUUUGCAGGAGUUGAAACACUCCCUUUUACUGAGAUCUCUGUCACUGAGAUUAGCGUCGCUACUGGGUAUCCACCGAAAGCAGCAGGAGCCCAGACAUUAGAUGUACAUGUCCAUCAGUUUCCAAAACUUACACAUCAAGAAACUCAGCAACAGAGCCAUUCAUUCCCAGAUUGUUCAAGGCCAAGCUACUGUGUAGAAAAGGUUCAGGCACAGUCACAGACUGCGGCAGUGUCCCAGUCACCACCUGCUGGUCACCAUGCCUGAAUGAUUUCUGCAGCAAUGGCUACAGCUCAGGUGAUCCCCCAGAAGUCAGUAGAGGAACAGGUCCUGACAAUAAUCCCGCUCCAAACACUGACUCCAGGUGUACAGAACUCAGCAGCCUCAACCAAAAUUAGCAAGUAAAAGUGCACAUGAGGUUACCUACUUUAAUACUGUGAAAGCAUCUAUGAAACCUUGAACUAAUUAUUACAUUAGAAUAAGCAGAAAAGUACAGUAUUUUGUUUGCUAAACUAUGACAAUAAAAUCUGCAGGUUGUCCACAUUUUAUUUUCCAAAUGAAGACUGAGCACUUUUUUACAGACAUAAAUGCAAGAGAAGUUAUUACUGAAAUCUGAAAAAAGAAAAAUGUAUUCAACAUUGAAAAUAUAUUAAUUGUAAUGCACAGAUAAAAGGUCUGUUAAAAUGAAAUACUUUCUGCUGACAGAAAAUGACCAUCCUUCUGUACCGAAGCAGCGAAUGACUAAAUUACUGAGACAGAGGUGUAAUCAACAUGUUCAUCAUUGUGCUAGGCUAUUGUCUCCAGAGCAAUAUCGAAUAAUAGUCAGUUCUUCUUUAAACAGAACUACAUUUUACUAGUGGAGUGUUGCACUAAAUGGAAUGCAUAACAAUGAAAACUGCUGACUUUUGUUAGAUCUACUAUAACUGAAUAGCUGUCCUGUUAGGUGUAUGGAAACAAAAUGCAAACUGUAAAUAUUUAGAUGAAUCUUUAGCACUGUAAAGUAGGAAUUCAGUGAACACUGACAUACUGCCUAAACUGAGUGUAAGCUGAACAAUAAAGUGUCCUUUCUUUUCAUAUUAA